AGCAAGGAAGGAAGUGAUGGUUUCGGGUAAGGUUGCUGAAACUGGCCUCGUCUAUGCUGUAUUGGGCACUUAAGGGAAUACAAAGAUCCUUCACCUUCUCCCUCUUUAUUAUUGCCCUUUUUCCCAACACCUACCCUUCUCUCCAGUCCUAGGUUUGAUUUUUUCUUCUCUCUCUCUCUCUUCUCAUUCCCCCUCUUUCAUCUCUCUCUCUCAAUUAAAGUCCACACACUCACUUGGCUUGCAUCCAAACCAGAGCAAGAAGAAACUCAGAGAGAGUACCAUGAAUCAUAAAUCUCCUUGUACUUUAAUUUCGUGCUUAAUACAUAUAUUUUCUUUCUCUCGCUAAUGCCUCACCCUCUAUCUAUAUAGUAGCUACCUGAAACAAGUGUUCAAACUUGAAACAAGAAACGGAAGAAUGUGGGAUCUGAAUGACUCUCCCGACCACAGAAAGGACUACGACUCUGAAGAAGCUUGUUCUUCACCCAAGACUGCCACUACUUCCAUGGACGAUGACGUCAGAGGCAAGACCCUCCGAUCUGCCUCCAAUUCCAGCUCCUCUGCAGUCCUCCUAGAAGACGGAUCCGAAGAAGACGAAGAACAAGCCAGCAGAACAACAACUACUCUCAACAACAUCAACAGUACCAGCAAGAUAUUCGGCUUCUCCGUCACCCCCAUGGACGGCGACGACAACCCUCCCGUGACCCAUCAGUUUUUCCCGGUGGAGGACUCCGGCUGUGGCGGAGGAGGAGGAGGAAGCUCGUCGUCGUCGUCGUUCCCUCGAGCGCACUGGGUUGGCGUGAAGUUCUGCCAAUCGGAAGCAGCAGUUGGGGGCGGUGGGAAAUCGGCGGCGGUGGAAGUAUCUCAGCCUAUGAAGAAGAGCCGGAGAGGACCAAGGUCUCGGAGCUCACAGUAUAGAGGAGUGACCUUUUACCGAAGAACGGGUCGUUGGGAAUCUCAUAUUUGGGAUUGUGGAAAACAAGUUUAUCUGGGUGGAUUUGACACCGCACAUGCAGCUGCUCGUGCUUAUGAUAGAGCGGCAAUUAAGUUCCGCGGAGUGGAGGCUGACAUUAACUUCAACAUAGAAGACUACGAAGAAGACUUGAAGCAGAUGACGAAUUUGACAAAGGAAGAAUUUGUGCACGUGCUUCGGCGACAAAGCACUGGCUUUCCAAGAGGAAGUUCCAAAUAUAGAGGCGUUACCUUGCACAAGUGUGGAAGAUGGGAGGCUCGUAUGGGCCAAUUUCUAGGCAAAAAGUACGUUUAUCUGGGCCUCUUUGACACUGAGAUUGAAGCUGCCAGGGCAUAUGACAAAGCAGCAAUCAAAUGCAAUGGCAAAGAGGCCGUCACCAAUUUUGAUCCCAGCAUCUAUGAAAACGAGCUUAAUUCUGAAUCGUCAGGAGGCAACGGUGCAGCAGAUCACAAUCUGGAUCUAAGUUUGGGCAAUCCAAGUUCAAAGCAUAGCAGUACAACAGAUUGGCACAAUGAGGGAGCCAACAAUAACAAGCAUAAGCUGGUGAAUAUACUACCAAAACCAUGUAGUAGCAGAAGCAACAUAGAGAGUGAAGCCAUGCCCCCAAUGCGGCUGCUAAGUACUCAUCAAACGCAAUUUCCGCUCUCAAACGAAAUGCAUAGAUACGGUCCUUAUUAUAGAUCCCAUGCAGCUGGAGAAACUCCGCAUCAAAUGCUACACGCGUUUCCACCAAAUUUUCAUUUUCCAAGCAGCAGCAAAGGAGGCCGAAUUGGAAGCGAGCUUUCGCUGUCAUCAUCAAUGAGCGAUCAAGAACAGUGGCAAGCAGGAGCUGGAGGAGGGCCUCCACAUUUGUUAGCAACUGCUGCUGCAGCAUCAUCAGGAUUCCCGCCGCAGAUUUUAACACCCUCGUCCCAAGGUUGGAUCCACAAAAAUGGCUUCCACACUCUCAUGAGACCCUCUUAAUCAUCGAUCAUUUCUUUUUCCACAUUCAAAUAAUUAAUUAAAUAAUUAUUUUAAUUAAUUAAUCUCUUCGACCUCCUGAGCAUAUUUCUUAUAUUUAUAUUUAUAUAUAUGUACAAACAAAUGGGUGCAUUCUAGUCUCUAUUGUUUUAGUAAGCCCAUACAAAAAACCAUAACUUUACCAUGGAGGUGAAAGAAGGGAUAAAAUGGAAAAAAAGGAAACCCAAUUUGGGAAUUCACUGGUCUUGCUCUGCCUCAGUCAAACUAACAAACCGACGCAAAAAUCUUUUAACUCUAGAUACUAUAGAUUCUGCCCUCUGACUCAAAUUAUUAUCAUCAUUUAUAAAUAUUAUUUAUAUGUA